AACACGCCUCGUCUUAAGCCUGGCCAUAUAAUACUCGCAUACCACGGAAGAGAACAUACUGAAAGUGACUUACCUGGAAAGUUGAAAACACUGCAUUUAUAGCCUGCCGCCAAGCUAACCGGCGGCCAUAAGGCAAAAUGGCGCCGGGUCCUUUCAUGUCCGUCACUGUUGCCCUCACUGCGCAGUCACCACGCUAAACCUGUUUCACACCAUUUUUGUCCAAUUAGUGUCAACAAGGCAGUGUGUUUCAUCAGCUCGAGGGAACAACUUGCAUCUUGUGACUUCUGACGCCUUGGAAAGCGGAGUUCCUGACCCCAUCACACUCAUGGCGGCCGCUGCCUGGUCUGAAGAAGAGACCUUUGUGUGCUCCGUAUGCCUGGAGAGCCUGAAUGACCCAGCAACUCUACCCUGUGGACACUCUUACUGUUUGGCUUGUAUCCAACGCCACUGGGACAAAGGGGACAGCAAGGGCCAGUACAGAUGCCCCCAAUGCCGGCAGCGCUUCGAUCCUCGACCUGCACUGGCUAAGAGCACGGUUCUCGUGGAAGCUAUGGAGAAGCUGAGGACCAUAACCCUCACACAUGAGGCAGAGUACACACGUAAGGCUUUGGCCCAGGCUGUGCAGGUCAAUGAGCUUUUUGACAGUCAGAUGUGUUUCGUAAGCCAUCUUAAGGGCCUGAUCCACGAAGUGGUGCAGGAAUCGGUCCGACUCUGCUUGGAGCAUGAGGCGCUAAGCAGGCUGGCAAACAUGCAGGACCACACCUGCUUUCCAAAGAAUUUCUUCACCAUGGAGCAGGCAGGUGGAGCAUGUGCCAUCCCAGAAGUGUCAGUACUGAGCAGAGUGAACGAGCACUCCGCCACAGCACCAAGCGUAACUCCAGAUGAUGAUCAUGGACAGGCCACUGUACAAAACACUGUUUACGAAAUGCUGAAUCCUGUACCCCCGCCACGACCCCAAGGUCAUGAUGUGUCAACCAAGCCUCCAUGUCAGCUUCCAGUCUCUCUACUGCCACCACAGCCGUUUUGUCAGCUUCAAGAAUUCUCUGUAACAACAGUGGGACUGGUCAGUCCAGAACCAAAGACGAGAGAAGAAUUACUCAAAUUUCGCUUUAAGCCCACCAUGGACCCUGACACAGUGUUUCGGCAUAUACUGCUGUCAGAUGGAGGACAUAAGGCCACAUUGCAAGUGGAAAACCUGAACCUGGCUGACCACCCUGAACGUUUUCAGUACUGGAAGCAGCUUCUGUGCAAAGAACCACUGGCUGGCAGCCCUUACUACUGGGAGGUGGAGUGGACAGGACAAAAGAUUACCAUUGGCGUGGCCUACAGGGAGAUGGAUCGGAAAUGUACUGAUGAAAAGAGCCGUUUGGGCCACAAUCCCUAUUCCUGGACGUUGUACUGCUCUGAGACAGGUUUCAUCUUCUGGCACAAUGGUCAUGGAAAAGUUCUGUGCUCGCUCAAAAGCAGGAGGAUUGGUACCUAUUUGGACCAGCAUGCAGGAAUUCUGGCCUUUUACUGCAUCACCAACAACCAGGCUGACCUCAUCCACAGACAUAUGAACCUGUUCACUGGCCCAUUGUAUCCAGGAUUCAGGUUCUGUGAAAUUGGAGCUACAAUCACAAUCUGCCAUUUGGAGUGAAAAAUGCACAAAGGCAGAAGGGUUGCUGUAACUUCAUGCAAUGAACGAGUGUUUUAUUGGUCCUCUUUGCCUAAUGAAUGUAAUAAAAUCUGAAAUGUUUGAUUUAAUAAAGUGCAUGCAGAAAAAA